AUCACAAAGGAAAUGCUUUGUAAAUUGCAGUUUUAUAUAGUAGCCUAGGAGUAUAUAUACACUUUUGACACUUGCAAUAAUACAUCUUCUGGCCUCCUGUGGAAUAGCUUUCCGCUGAUCAAUUGCAGGCUUAGUUUUCAUGCAUUUCAAGAUGGCGGACGAUUUGGAAACAUCUGCAAAACGCCAAAAAACUGAGCAAAUAUUUCGCGUAACAGUGAAGGCGCCCAUCAAUAUCGCAGUUAUUAAAUAUUGGGGAAAGAGAGACGAGGAGCUUAUUUUACCUUUAAAUUCUUCCCUCAGUGCAACGAUCAACUUAGAUGAGCUUUGCACUACUACUACUGUUGUAGCGAGGAGAGACAACCCACAAGACUCUUUAUGGAUUAAUAAAAGGGAACAACCUAUUGCAGAAUCUCCAAGGAUUCAGAAAUGCAUCUCAAAAGUAAGGCAGUUGGCUAAAGAGAACUCCCCAGAGAGAUGGCAAGAGCUUAGAAAUUAUGGUCUGUGUAUCUAUUCCAAGAACAACUUCCCUACAGCUGCAGGACUGGCAUCAUCUGCGUCAGGCUACGCAUGUCUUGUGCUUGCAUUGUCAAAAUUAUAUCAUCUUGAUAUGGAGCUGUCAAGCAUAGCAAGGCAGGGAUCAGGAAGUGCCUGUCGUAGCAUGUACGGCGGAUUUGUGAAGUGGGAGGCAGGGUGUCGACCUGACGGCACUGACAGCAUUGCUAGCCAGAUUGUGGAUGAAAAACACUGGUCAACACUCCGCAUCCUUAUACUUGUGAUUAAUGAUGAAAGAAAAGCUAACCCCAGUACAUCUGGCAUGAGACGAAGCACAGAAACAAGUGAGCUUUUGCAGUUUAGAGCUCAGAAGUGUGUUCCUAAGAGAAUGGAAAAUAUCACAAAAGCUAUCAAGGAGAGAGAUUUCCACACAUUUGCAGAGAUUACAAUGAAGGACAGCAACCAGCUGCAUGCAGUGUGUCAAGAUACUUACCCACCCAUCACGCCACCCUACAUGAACUCCACCUCACAUCUCGUGGUACAGCUAGUGACGGCCUACAACAAUAACCAUGGCAACAACAAGGUUGCAUACACAUUUGAUGCAGGACCUAAUUCUGUUUUGUUUACGCAAGAGGGUGACCUUCCUGAGUUGGUAGCUUUGAUAAAGCACUUCUUCCCUCCUGCUUCUGGAAAAAGUUUUGUCCAAGGUAUACCAAUACCAGACAGCGGCAUUGAGAAGGGCCUGCUGAAUGCAAUUGGUAUGGAUCCCAAUCCUUCCAGCAUAAAAUAUGUCAUCAGUACAAAGGUUGGUAGAGGACCUAUCUUAAUCAAUGACAACAAAGACCAUUUAUUGGAUGCGACUGGAAACCCCUUUGAAUAACAAAGUUUCUGAAGGGCAAGACAAGACUAAAUUAUUCUUUAAUAGAUAGUAUAGUGUAUUGUAUUAUGAUUGGAAAAUGUGAUGAAAUAUGUAAUAAAUCAAAUAGUUUCAAAGUCAAAUGAAAAAACAUAACACAAUUUUUUUUUCCUCUUACAACCUACACUUUCUUACUAGAAUGGUUAUACUUCUAAAUCCAUGAAAGGUUUACUGCCUUUUUUUUUCUUUUGUAACAUUCCCAGUUACCAACACUCCCAGUAACCAACAAAACCAUCAAAUUUCUGGCAUUGUUAAGCGCAAGAUAAACAGAAUUUGUUAGGCUGACUUCUGCCUUUUUUUAUUUGUCAGGCUUGUUUCAGCUAGCAGGCCCCCAAUGCAUGAUGGGGGGCCGCUCAGGUUAUGCUAUUUAUCUUGACCAGGUUUUGAUUUUAUCAUCAGAAUUUAGCCUAAUAAAUCUGUUCUUCCUGCCCUUGCUAAAUCUUCUGUACAGUAUUUGCACAAUGAUGAAGACACAUUUCUGAAAUAAUUAUUAAGGUAUACAUGCCCUAAAGGCUAUCCACUGAGAAUCCCGAAAUUGAGAAAAUCAAGAUUGUCCUCUCAACAGCAACAGCUAUGUUGUUGUGUUUUAGAAUACAGACCUUGAUGUUAAAGAGCAUUAUUGUUUUGAGAAAAAGUCAACAAAUAGGGGCCCUAAUUAAACUGCAGGGGCAGUUCCUGUCUACUGCUAUUCCAAUACAUUCCCAGGUGCAGUUGGGAUUUUUUUUUACUGUCCAUAGAUACAGAAUGGCUAUAGAGAAGGGAAUGUCUUGAACAAAGGCUUUAGAACAUCAACUGACUGCUUUAUACUGAGCGAGCCUUAGAGUAUGCUAAUAAACCUAGCUUCAGAGUAUAGACCAGGCCUUGGAUUAUAGACUGGCCCUCAAAGUAUUGACCAGAAUAUAAACCAGACUUCAGAGUAUAGACCGCCUAUAUGGACUACCCUCUUCAUGAGAUAGCCAAAGAUGCCGCUUCAACUGGAUUGCUGUGAUGAAUUUCUUGUCACACUGCUCACAGACAAACUUCUCAUCGCCAACAUGCUGUUUGAUGUGUCGUCGUAGGCCCUCCAGGUUCUCGUAGGUCUUAGGGCACCACUGACAUCUGAUUUUGAAAGUUGAAGUGGUCAAUAAACAAGUGAACCUGG